CACCAGUGGAUUGCGGGGUCCUUUUCGAUAUGCAGCUCUUGCAUCUAACAGCCCAACAGCACUAGGUAUAUGCACAUAUAUGUGUGUGAGGAAUCUAUUAAAUACCUACCUGGGUACCUACUCUACCUGCCUACUUCAAAAGUAAAAUUCGUUUCAGAUCAUUGCAUUUGGCGCCGCUCUACUUUGCGAGAUAAGCUCAUUUCAAACCCCGUUUCACCUCUAUUCGUUCGCCCAAGAGCUUGCAACAUGUUGAUUAUUUAUAGCAUUGAUAGCGCAAUCACCUCGUUUUUUGAAAGCAACAAAACCGUAACAAGACAGCAGUGUGAUGAUUUUGCACUCUCACGAGUCGGUGGACAGGUAGUUCCAGUCCCAAUUCAGGGAUCAUACAGUUAUACUAUCAUGGCUGGGCGAAACGAGUCCAGAAUUUUCCAGUUUCGAACUCAUAAUUCUGUCAUUGAUAUUUCUAUCAUUGAUCUUGCUAAAACCAUCCAUCCGCAACUCAUAGCUGACUGCAAGUACCAUGGCACAAUAGGCCAGUCACAACCACUCCACAUUUACGAGAUGAACAAACUCCCAGGAACUAAUUAUAUUACGGCACGCCCCGCGUCGGUUGAGCAAUCACCAGCCGCUGUGGCCCGACAGCAGAACACCGCCGCUCACCUCGCCAAGUUCUUUGCGCAGUCGUGGAAUCACAGACAGCAGUUACACCAAGAUGACAGAGCUGCCUUGCUUGCGGAUUUCCGUGACAAGUUUGAACUUCUUUCUCAAUCAUUGCCGUCCCGUUUUGCACCAAAUUUAGACAGAGUUAGCAAAGAGUUGCCACGCCUCUUCAAAGACACUCUCCCUUUUGUCUUCUGUCAUGAUGACCUUCGGGAGAUGAACAUCCUCAUUCAGCCCGAAACCGGUAGCAUCACAGGUGUCGUCGAUUGGGCUGAGGCCAGGAUUCUUCCCUUCGGGUUGACGUUAUGGGCAUUAGAGAACAUUCUCGGCUACAUGAAUUCCAAGGGGUGGCAUUACUUUAACAACCGGCACGAGCUCGAGAAGAUAUUCUGGGAUACCUUUCGGAAGGAGGCCGAAAAUCUAUCCGAUGAUGAUUUACCCUUAAUUCAUAUUGCCAGGAUGACUGGCUUGUUUUACCACUAUGGCUUGCUCAGAGAUGGCAAGGUCUGUCAAGGUGUGGUCCAUGAAUUGCACUCCUUCGCCUAUCUUGAUGCAUUCUGCACUAUUGAUGACUGGAUGCCUUUCAUGUAAACUUGUCACGGAAAAAAAGACGCCGUUCAUCCCUUGCAAGAUUAACGGCCUUUAUAUGGCAUACCACUACUCCGCGACAAAACUUGGAUAUGUUGUUGUCAAGGUCAUUGUCAAUGCAAAAAAAAAAAAAAAA